GUAUAUCACACGCUCAGUCCACAAAGCAAUAGAGUGGCUGGCGUUCGCUGGUGGCCACUGAGUGCCAAUACCAUCGACGGGUCGUACGACAAAGAACCGCAGUUUUCUGCAAACAUCUGAUCGUGCCGCAUGUGUUUUGGUUGUAUUGUGGGCAGGUAGUACAUCAAACAGUUUUUUGUUACCCUCGACGUUCGAACAGCAUAAAUUCAAGAUUCUAUCCAAUUCUAUGAUUCUAUCAGUUCUUUAGCUGUCGGACCCAUUCCAUACCUGUGUGAGUAAAUUGAUGCUCUAAAAUUUGUAUAUCGAUUGUUUGGACCUGUGCAAAUUUCGACCGAGACGGAGCCUAGUCAAACCAACGUUGAUCCAGUAUGUGGUAAUCAGUCUGUGACUCUUGUGAUAAAUGUGUCGGUAGAGCAGCCAGACAGAAAUCCGGUGGAGAGCAAUAAUUGCAAUUAUUCCGCUCGGAUUCGGGGAAACAUAGCGCCAGUUGCAAUCGCGAGGAGCGCUACGACGGAAAAAUCGAUUUUAUUCAUUGUGUAUCAACAAGCAGCCUCCGCUGCAAGGAGGUGAAUCGCACAUGUGAUUUUAUCUGCUGAUGUAGCCUUGCAAUAUCAUCGCUGCUAUCGCCUACAUUGGAUGGUUUUGUUGCAGUAUCCUAUGUGAUUUUGUGCAUCAUGUCUGGUGGAAACUAAAUUUGCUGAUUGGAAGUUUUAUUUUAUCGGUGGUUGUAAAUUGUUACUAGCUACUGGAGAGUGCAUGCAGUAACAGCAACAGCAAACACGAGUGAAUAAAAUCGUGAAAAAAACGCUACCAAGGAAAAUCGAGGAAAAAGUCCAGUGGGAAUAUUUUCUUUGCUUCUGCGGCACAUCGGAUGACUCAUUUCGAGGCAAUCGAAAAAUCAUAAUUAGCACAAUGACGAGCGCUAAUCGUUGGACUUUGUGAACUCAAUGUCAGCUUCUUAGGGUUGCCGGCGCAAGCUGAACGGUUAUUCCAGCUUCGACUUUUUUAUUAUGCCUAUAUCGGACAAGCACCGAUCGAAUCAUCCGUUGAAUGCCAAAAAAUCAACCCCAGCAACACCCAACCCGUGGGUAACCGGUGGUCCUCCCGGUGGUAAGGACGCCGUCCUGGUGUUCCGUACCAGCGCCCUCUCCCCGGUCAACACAAGCGGUUCCAGUGAUGACAUCGCGUCGGUAUCCUCCGCACUCACAUCGGAUGCUGCAGCGUGUUCGAGUUCUGCUGCAGGUUCCACCAAAGAAUCACCACCCGUCUCCUCUAGUGUUAAGCAAGCCAAAAAUUUGAAGAUACUCGCGACACUGCCUAAAAAUUUCAACGUUCAACGGAAAUCCGAUAGUAUUACCACCAGUAGCAAUAGUAACGAAGACGAUGAUGACGAUGACGACGACGACGAGGAUGAAGAUGACGAGGACGACGAUGAGAACGAAGAUGCGGGCGAUAAUGAUCAGGACGUAGAGGCUGAGGAGGAAACAGAAGAAGAUGAUGAAAACGACGAGGAGGCCACCUCGCAGGACGAGACUGGUCCAUCGACGGUCGCAGCGACGGGUGCGUCGAAGAAACGCCAGCUGGAAUCAUCUUCCUCGUCCAGCUCGCUAAGCAAUGCUUCGUUGGCUAGUCGAGAUGGCGACGAACCGGAAGCGGAACUGCCCACAUCCAAAUCGGAACCAGUUCUGGCUGUGUCGGAGAAAAAGCUGCCUCGAAAGAACCACCAGGAGAACAAGGAAAACGAAAGCGUCGUUAAAACGGAAAUGCCUGCUGCGCAGUUGAAUAUUUUUUAUAAGUUUGUUAACACGGAAACGCGACUGCUGCGAAAGAUCCUCAGUGCUCACGGAAUGGCCGAGAGUGGGUCCGACAGUACCGAUUUCAAUCUGCUGUGGACGGGGAUCCACCUGAAGCCGGAUAUUUUGCGAAAUCUGGCUCCCUACCAGCGAGUUAAUCAUUUUCCGAGAUCGUAUGAACUAACGCGAAAAGAUCGUCUAUACAAAAACAUCGAACGAAUGCAGCAUCUUCGCGGACUCAAACACUUCGACAUAGUGCCCCAAUCGUUUCUACUGCCCCAAGACUACAAGGAACUGAUCGCUGCCCACAACAAGUGUCGCGGUCCGUGGAUCGUAAAACCAGUCGCAUCCAGCCGGGGACGGGGCAUUUUCAUCGUCAAUUCGCCGGAUCAAAUCGCCUCGUACGAGCAGGUUGUAGUGGCCAAGUACAUCACCGAUCCGCUGUGUAUCGACGGGCACAAGUGUGACAUUCGGCUGUACGUUGCGGUUACCUCGUUCGAUCCCCUAAUCAUUUACCUCUACGAGGAGGGUCUCGUGCGGUUGGCAACGGUAAAGUACGAUCGAACGGCGGAAAACCUGUGGAAUCCGUGUAUGCAUUUGUGCAACUAUAGCAUCAACAAGUACCACACGGAUUACAUCAAAUCGAACAACGCCGGCGAUGAGGACGUAGGUCACAAGUGGACCCUGAGCGCACUGUUGAGGCAUUUGCGAAGUCAGGGUUGCAAUACGGAACAGUUGAUGCUGAACAUUGAGGACCUGAUCAUAAAGGCCAUCUUUUCCUGCACCCAACCGAUUGUGGCUGCAUGCCGGAUGUUUGUACCGCAUGUUGGAAACUGCUUUGAGUUGUACGGGUUUGAUAUUCUGAUAGAUGAUACAUUAAAACCUUGGUUGCUAGAGAUAAACCUUUCGCCUUCGCUUGGCUGUGAUACUCCGCUUGAUACGAAAGUCAAGGCCUGUUUGCUAACCGAUUUGCUAACGAUGGUCGGAAUUCCGGCAAUUAGCCCACUACAAAAAGCUUGCUACGAUAGUAAGGGACAGAAAAUUAGAAAUUUAAGUACACCCUAUCGAAGGGUAAACUCGGCUGAUUUUGUGCAUAGCACCGGCACAAGUGGGAAAAAGGAUCAGUCUCAGUAUGGUUCUGAACCUGCGAAGAAACUUCAAACGACGCUAAGUGCACUAACGGUGGAGGAGCUGAAAAUUGUUCGCUUCGCUAGAGCCCAGUACGAGCGCCGAGGAGGUUUCGUUAGAAUUUUUCCCACCAGUGAUAGCAUGAUGCGUUAUGCGUCACUUUUGGAUCCCAUUACAGGAGUUCCCACGUCAGCUAUUACAUCAUCCGGCAGUGGCACGUACCUGAUGAUCAUUCCGCACAACUACAAUCAAAUGCUUCACACGCAUCUGUUUCCUCAGGGCAAUGAGUCGGAGAAUCGAAUCGUUCAUCGCAUCCAAAAGUACGAACGUGCGCUGGAAAGUUCACUUCCGAUAACGAUCGGCCCGAAACAUACCGCCCCGAAGUGCGUUGAUGAGGCGAAACGACUGAGAUUGCAAAUCAGAAAACUAAUCGAGGCCGGCCACGAGCUUAGCAUCCUACAGUCUAGACGUGCCUUUGGCCUAUAUCUAGAGUACAUUCUCAAGCGGCUUUCGUCCGAACCGAAGCAUAGCCAGGAGGAACUGGUGAUGAAAUUUUUGUAUCGCGUUGGUGCACACAUGAAAACUCCGUUCUUUUUCCGUAAUUUUGGAAACAAAGCCCUGGGCAAGGAUCGCGGAGCAAUGGUAGCCAAACAGCUAGGCGACUAUCUGCAUCUGUACAGUAAGGAAACGGAAGCGUUCGUGGACACAUUCGACAUGGUCGGUAUGGUUCCGAUCAAGCUGUUCAAUGACUUCCUGAUGCAGGCCGGCGAAGCGGACGUAGAAUCGGUACUAACACUACACACAAAUCUGACCCAAACGAUGCCGUUUCUGUAUACCGGUUGUUCUUCGAGUGUCCCACCGACGCCGCCCAUCCCGGUGGGAGCCCAUGGUUUCCUUAAAGCCCUACCCUGUAUGGCACCCGGAGGGGCUAACAAAGAACUGAUCCGGCUGGAUCCGCACUACAAAAGCAAUGAGGCCCGCAAUAGCCGAAUGGGGUUGAGUACGGCGGCAGCCGGACGGUCCGAUUUCCGGGCGGAUAAGAGUGUGCGGUUGUCGCCAAUCAAACGGAAACCGCCGCCGGUUGGUAGUAUGGUUAAAUCGUCGCGGGAAAGAGAUCAACGGUCCAACUGGUUGUACUAGAUGGCAGUGAGGGGGCUAUGGUUUGUUUAUAUCAAAUUUGGUGGCACUGGAAGGUAAAUUUCCUGAUCACUCGCGAAGGUGUUUUAUUUUUUGUUUUGUUUAUCUCUUCGGCGUAGUAAAUUUUUGAAAUGUUGUAUUUCUAAAGUUGUUGCUGUUUGUCUUUAAUAAUUUCUUCUAUAUUUUGAACUGUUCUCGGACACUAGUUUACAAAGUUCCUAAUCAUUAAAGCGACGUUCUAAUUCAGACAAUUGUUUGUUUACUUGAUACGCAAAUUAAUUUAUUUGAGAACCUUACUUUUGUUGUUGAUAUUUCAGGAAUUUUAUAUCAUUUCACUCAUCCAAAUAAUGUUAUCAGAAUAUACUUGAAUUUUAUUGGGAUUAAUUGCUAUUCUGAAUUACAAUCAAUUUUCAUAGCAACAUGUUACUCUGAAAAAGUUACGUUCUCUAAAAACAAACUCGGCUAUAUUUCGUAAACAAUUCGUCGAAUUCACUUUCCUACCACCGCCCUGUGUUUUAAGAACUAAUACUGAUUUUACUCAAAUGGUAGUUUCAAAAUUGACCCGGGUAAAGUCGGAAUAAAUUGUAUUUCUUCACAUAUCUUGGCGAGAAAUUCAAUGCAACUUCCAUUGACAAUUAGUUAGUCAUGAUAGGAAUAAGCUACUAUUCAGAAGUAAUCUCUUUUCUUUUUUCAUCUAGUCUGGGUGUUAAAGAUUAGUCCAAAUUAAGAACAUAUGGAUAUUCGACCAACAAUCCACUAUCGGUCGUUUUAUUCUUCUCGAACGCUUUUUCAAGCUUUUAGUGCUUUGACUUCGUAAGAGAUUGAAAAAAAAAAUCUGAUAGUUAAAAACUCUUUAUUAAACAACACCCUGCAGUUGGUGAAAUGCCGCCAGUGUUAAUCUUUUACUCUGUUACCUAAACCUGCAGCAAAACUACUCAAAGUAACAGCAAUAAUAAACAUUUAAAAUCGUUCCCAAUUGUGAGUGGUAGGUAUUGCCAGUUUCGCACACUAUUCAGAGGAGGGCAAAGCUGUAAGCUAAAGUAAAGAAAUAAAACCAUUUAUUAGAUUCACAACCAAGGGGUCAGAUUUGCAAACCUGAAGUAAAUACAAUCGUCACAAGCUAGCACUAGAAUGAUAACUUUAAAAAAGUUUAGAACGUGAAACCAUAUUUAAAUUUUAACACACCACUUAAAAUCUAAUUUAAGCCAAAGAGUUGGUUUUAAGCGAAAGAGUUGUAUUUUUUAAGAGCAGAAAGAAAUCAAGUCUAGUCACAUCAGUAGCGAUUUCACAAAAUAAACGAUAAAAAAGUGAUAGAUAAUGAAAAUCUCGUUACUUCGGUCUAAUGUUCAAGCAGUGUGCUGAUAGAUUUUUUUCCCCGGACAUGAAUUAGUAUAAUCAAGUACCCUGUCAGCUUUGAACGCUUAAUAUUACGACGGCAAUAUUCUAAAUUAUAAAACAACAACCUAAACGUCAAUCCAAACCAUAUAUUUUUGAUAUUACCAGUUGAAAAGUUCGAGCAGAAAUAUAGUCAUCAAUCGCAACUAGUUACUAAAUUCUUCCUAGUUCCAUGAUACAGUCGAGGAUGCAUGAGCGAUUAUAGGCUCUCCAACAUAGGGUCGUUUAAACAUAAAGACAACCAAAUCUUGUAGUGAUAUAUAUAGUGAUUGCACUGCACAAAUCAGCAUUACAGAAAGCGAACAUUUUAAGGCACAAAACAAUCCGUUCACUUGUUAUAAUCAGCGUUCGUCCAGUAAAUUGAUAGGGCUUUUUAAAUAGACCGUUUACAACUUUUGAAUCUGUUUCUAACAAUCCCGACAACGUUCGGCAGGCAAUAAAAAUUCAUCCAACAUUAACAGGCACGCUUUCGACAGAGACAAAAUACAAAAAAAAAUAAUACCAAUAGCCGUUCACUGCUGUGCACUGAAGCUUUUAGUGGUGCAUUUAUAUAUAGGCCUUGUUGCAAAAAAAAAAAGAAAAUCCCGUUCCGAAACGUAACCAAUCGAGAUAAGGUUAUUAACUACUAUUUAACUAUGCUAACAUUAUCGACUAACUCUAUAUCUACUACCUACCUACUUAACUACCAACUUGCUUGAUACUCAUAUACGAUACGAUUAUUUGCUUGAUUAAGAUAAUUACAUUACGAUAGGCUUCGAGUACUGGGAGGGGGAGUGCAGACAGACGGUGAACUGACGGUAUUGUUCGAUUCAAGUAAAAAUCAAGUUCAAUAAAUUUUAAUCCGAUCGAUUC